AAGGCCCCGGAACGAAGCCGGUCCGCGCGGGCCCGCGCUCCCCUCCUCCCCCGCGGCCGCACUCACCCGCUCCGGAUUCGGCCCCGUCGCCCCCGCCCGCACUCCAGAGCCGGCUGAGAACGGCAGCGGCGCGGGCUCCACGUGCAGCGUCUCUCCCGGCACCCCCGGGUCCGGGACUACAACUCCCAGCAGGUUGUGCGAAACGGACACCCUAGGCUACGGGGGCUCGCGAGGCACAGAGCCGUCCGGUCGCAGACUGUCUCCGAGACGCUUCCUGUCCGUAGCAGAAUCACCAUGAUUCUUCAGAGGCUCUUCAGAUUGUCCUCUGUCAUUCAGUCUGCGGUCUCGGUCUGUUUGAGGAGAAACAUUGGUGUUACGGCGGUGGCAUUUAAUAAGGAGCUUGAUCCUGUGCAGAAGCUCUUCGUGGACAAGAUUAGAGAAUACAGAACUAAGCGACAGACAUCUGGAGGACCUGUUGAUGCUGGCCCUGAGUAUCAGCAAGACCUCGACAGGGAGCUUUUUAAGCUUAAGCAAAUGUAUGGUAAAGCAGACAUGAAUACGUUCCCUAACUUCACAUUUGAAGACCCCAAAUUUGAAGCCGUCGAAAAACCACAGUCCUGAAGAAAUAAUGUAAAAUUUAUCUGGUAAUUCGUUAGAUUAGUCGUACAACUGAUCAGACGUAUCAAAAUAAAUGUACAUUUCACAACA